AUUCCACUACUGCUUUUACUACUACCAACAGUAAUAAUAAUGUUCUUCUGUCCUGUAGACAAUGUGUUUGGUUGCCAUCUGGCCACAUUAUGUGCACAAGAGAGGACCACUGUUCCUAGUUUUGUGGAGAAAUGUGUGAAAGCAGUGGAAAAGAGAGGUUUAGACAUCGAUGGGCUCUACAGAGUGAGCGGCAACCUCGCUGUCAUUCAGAAACUUCGCUUCAAGGCCGAUCACGAGGAGCUGGACCUCGAGGACGGACAGUGGGAGGACGUUCAUGUCAUCACCGGAGCGCUGAAGUUGUUUUUCCGAGAGCUUCCCGAGCCGCUUUUCCCAUACAGCCACUUUAAUAAGUUCAUCACCGCCAUCAGAAUUCCAGAUUACAACACAAAACUGUCCUGCAUGUAUGAGCUGGUCAGAUCACUUCCUCCUGCAAAUCAUGACACCAUGAAACUCCUUUUUGGGCAUUUACGCAG